GUGGUUGUUUGUCAUACUGAGGAGAGUGGCUAAGUGGCAAUAAUGGAAAUUAACGGUGAAUUUUUAGAAGAAAGCGUGAGAGAGUUGAGGCAAUAUUUCAGAAGUGGAAGCACAAGAAGUGUUACAUGGAGGAAGAACCAGCUCACAGCUCUUCUUGAUCUUGUUCACAAGAAUGAAGAUGCCAUAUCUGAAUCUCUUUACCAAGAUCUUGGGAAGCAUCCUGUUGAAGCUUUCCGCGAUGAGAUUGGUGCGAUUGGGAAAUCAGCCACCUAUUCCUUGAGCUGCGUUGAGAAAUGGAUGGCCCCUAAAAAGAGUGAUAUACCUUUGCUUUUCUUCCCAGCAAAAGGAGAAGUAUUGGCAGAACCACUAGGUGUGGUUCUCAUAUUUUCUUCUUGGAACUUCCCAAUCAUGCUGGCAUUGGAUCCAUUAAUCGGUGCCAUAGCUGCUGGAAACGUUGUUGUAAUAAAACCUUCAGAGCAAGCUCCAGCAUGCUCUUCAUUUCUUGCAAACACGAUUCCUCGCUACUUGGACUCUAAUGCUAUCAGGGUCUUUGAGGGAGGUGCAGCCGUUUCUCAACAACUUCUGCUACACAAAUGGGACAAAAUAUUCUUCACUGGAAGUCCACGGGUAGCAAGGUUUGUGAUGGCGGCCGCAGCAAAGAACUUGACUCCGGUUACUUUAGAGCUGGGUGGAAAAUGCCCAGCUAUUCUUGAUUCACUGACUAAUCCUUCAGAUUUUAAGUUGGCGGUGAAAAGAAUCGUAGGAGGGAAAUGGGGACCUUGCAGCGGACAGGCAUGCAUUGGGAUAGACUAUGUGCUUGUUGAGGAGAAAGUCUCUUCUCAUUUGGUAGAACUGUUAAAGAAGAUAAUUAGAAGAUUUUAUGGGGACAAGCCAUUAGAGUCAAAGGUGAUUUCCAGAAUAGUAAACAAGCAGAACUUCACGAGACUCUGCAAUCUUCUUAAAGAUCCUCUUGUUGCAGCUUCCAUUGUUCAUGGUGGCUCGGUAGAAGAAAAACACCUGUUCAUUGAGCCCACAAUCUUACUUGAUCCUCCGUUAGAUGCUGACGUAAUGACUGAAGAAAUUUUUGGUCCAUUGCUUCCCAUAAUCACGGUGAAUAAAAUUGGGGAAAGUAUCGAGUUUAUCAAUUCAAGGCCAAAACCGCUUGCCAUUUAUGCCUUCACCAAAGAUGAGACUUUAAAGAGAAGGAUUCUUACAGAAACUUCCUCUGGGAGUGUCACAUUUAAUGACACAAUGGUUCAAUUUUUAUGUGAUACACUACCAUUUGGAGGUGUUGGGCAAAGUGGUUUUGGAAGGUACCAUGGGAAGUAUUCUUUUGACACAUUCAGCCAUGAAAAAGCAGUAAUGCAUAGAAGCCUAUGCCUUGAAAUUGAGCCAAGAUACCCUCCUUGGAGCAAGUUCAAGCUAGAAUUUCUCAGAUUGGCAUACAAACUUAACUAUUUUGGACUAUUACUCCACAUCCUGGGUUUGAAAAGAUACAAGUAGAUCAAGUUGAUUUCAUGAGUACACAAGUGAUAUAUGAAGAUAUACUUGAGUGUAGUCGUACCAAAUUGACAUUCUUAUCUGGGUAUAAUCAACUUAUUUUUAUAACCUACAUUUGUGUAUUUAGACUACGGCCGGCAAACAUGGCGAAAUUCGUUGGGCCGGCUCGCGUAAUUCGCGAAAAAAAGUGAGUCAGGUUAAAAAUUUGAGAUCAUUAUAAUAAGAAAGACAGUCUAACCUGCACCGUCUAAUCGACAGGUUUUGGCGGAUUUUAGUGGGGCGGAACAAGUUUUGCCCUUUAAGAUAAUAAUUGAAUUGGAAUGUUAUUUUUAUAUUUGUAUUUGAAA